UGUAACGAUAUAGCAGAAAGAAUCGAUACUGUUGGAAUCGUAAGAGUUUCGGGAGGAACCGUCAUCAGUUGCCGCGUUUUGCCAUCGCUGAACUGUCCCGUUUGUGAUCGUCUGCUUUUUCGCAGACCGAAAUAUGCUUGCUCUCUCUCGAUACACGUGUUAAUUUGUGUCUUUGUGGUUCGUUUCUCACUGUGAAUCUAUUUUUUUCUGCUCUUUUUUUUUCGCCGUUCAAUUAAUUUUAGAGCCAUGGUUGGCUGGAAUGACUAUAGCAACAGGUCUGUGGAACUGAUUUUGUUUGUGAUAUUAUCUCUAAUAGCAUUUGGAGAAUUUUCAAAAGCGCCAAAACUUCCUCCUCAACAGCAUUUUUUGACUGUUCCCCAAGAUAUGAUAGCAGUUGAAGGAACAACAGUGGACAUGCAAUGCCAAGUUGGUGAUUUAGCUGGUGAUGUGCAGUGGGCUAAAGACGGUUUUCUAUUAGGUUUUGAUCCUAGAAUACCAGGAUAUCUACGCUAUAGCAUGAUGGUCGAUGCCAAAAAUGGAAUUUAUAACUUUCGUAUUUCUAAUGUUCAGAUGGAUGAUGAAGGAGAAUACCAAUGCCAAGUUGGUCCGGCACCAAACAAUCAACCAAUAAGAGCCCAGGCUAAAGUAAAUGUAAUUGUUCCACCAAGAGUUCUGGAGAUACGGGGCUACAAGAAUGGCAGCACGGUCGAAAUGAGAGAAAAUCAAAAACUAUCUUUACAGUGCUUCGCAAAAAAUAGCAAACCACAAACCAAACUAAAAUGGAUGCGAAAUGGCGUAGAAAUUACCAAAGAUGUGACACCAAUGCGUGAAGAGGAAUCAAAUUCAGUUUUAAAGAGCACUACAACUUCAAUCACGUUAUCUCCUAAACUUGACGACAACGGAGCCAUGUAUAGUUGUGUUGGGGAACAUAAAGCCGUUUCCAAACCUAUCCGCACGAAUGUCUUUCUAAGUGUUUUGUUUCCACCAGGUGCUCCUCAGAUUGAAGGUUACCACGACGGAGACAUCGUGCAAGUUGGCGAUAAACUGAACUUGGCAUGCAUUUCUAGGGGAGGUAAUCCACCUGCUAAGUUGAUCUGGUUCCGGAAUGACGACCAGGUUGAUAUAACUUAUUCAACAGGUGGAAGAGAAGCCACAAACACCCACACAUUCACAGUUGGACCCAAAGAUAACAAGGCUGUCUACAAAUGUGAAGCUUCCAGUGUAGUCACUUUACAACCCCUUGUUGCGUCUGUGCGUCUUAAUGUUUUAUUUGCACCUUCCAAAGUAACAAUUAAAGGACCAAAAGAAGUAAAAAUUGGCGAAUCUAUCACUUUGUCUUGCACAACAGGCUCUAGUAAUCCACCCGUCGAAGUGUCCUGGGUAGUGGACGGUCGACCCAUGAUGUCCACUCAAGCAGUCACAGAAGAUACGUCUGGUGGUUGGGUAACCAGUUCCAACGUCACUGUUUCUGUGUCCAGGCAGGACCCGGAUACUAAGACGUUCUCUUGUUACGCUGUCAGUGAAGCUUUAGGUGAAACAAUUGUGCAAACAUCAAAUGUUGCAGUCGUUCAUCCCCCAUCAUCUCCAACAAUCAGUGGUUAUGAGGAAGCAAAAUCAAUAAAAGCAGGUGAAUUACAGAAAUUCAGCUGUACUUCAGAAGGCGGAAACCCUAAGGCCACACUAAAAUGGUUCAAAAAUGACAAAGAGAUACGGGCUGUGGAAAAGAGCACCAUUGCUGGCACUACAAGUGACUUAAUCAUCAGAACAGAAGCUAGUGACAAUGGUGCUGUAUAUAGAUGCGAAGCUACCAAUAGUGCCUUGACAAAGCCUCUCAUUGCUACCGUGUCUCCUACAGUGCUAUUUCCACCAACCUCUGUAUCCAUCAAACUGAAACCAAGAAAACCUAAAGCAGGAGAUUUUGUCACGCUAACGUGUGAAACAGCCAGUAGCAAUCCAGACGCAACCAUCUUAUGGUGGAGAGAAGGAGAGUCCAUUACGGGCCAGCAUGAUGGAGUAAUAGAUUCAACAUAUGGUGGAAAAAGUACCCGGAAUAAAGUCAAAUUCAAUGUGACGUCAUCAGAUGACAUGACAUCUUAUACCUGCCAAGCCACCAAUCAUAUUCUGAAAAGAACUGUUCACGAGACGUAUGUUCUCCGUGUAUUGUAUAAACCGGAAUUCCUUAUUAACCCUGCAGAACGUUUUGAUGUUAUGGAGGGCGAAUCCACAGUAGUCAACGCCACAGCGAAAGCAAAUCCUCCUUUAGUGACCUACUCAUGGACAAGGAAUGGUCUGCCAUUGCUGGACAUGGCAGACGGAAGUGCAAGACCCAGCGGAGCUAGAUAUGGACACAGAGCCGUGUACAGAGGUCCUCUUUUAGAACUUACUGACGUGGCAAGAGAAGAUGGGGGUGAAUACGGGUGUGAAGCUGCUAACACUGAAGGCGUUACGUGGACAAGUGUUAAUAUAAAUGUCAUUUAUCCAGCUAGGAUAACAAAGCUAACGCGUAACGUUGUUGCGGGAAGUGGCGAGAAUGCUGAUUUUGAAUGCCAAGCAGUAGCCAAUCCAUUUGUUAGUCGCAUGAUCACUUGGCGGCGUAAAGGAUUUGAUAUGAGUCGGACACACGAAACAGUGGAGCGAGGCAAAUCAACACUAACAGUGAUGAACGUGUCAAGACAGGAUGCUGGCGAGUUUGAAUGUGUCGCCUUCAAUGGUAUAGGCACAGAAGCGGUGAUGUUGGCACAGCUGAUAGUCAAGUUCAAACCGGAAGUGCGACUUCCACACAGUUUUGUAGAUGUGGCAGGAGAGGAAGGAGAGGCUGCCAGAUUAGUCUGCUUGGCGGAGGGGGCGCCAGCCAUCAGCUUCGUCUGGUCAUAUAAUGGCGGUGUUAUUGGCGAUAACUUCAGCAGCAGUAAAUACGCUUCUCAAGCUGCCCAACUAGACGACAUGACAUGGGAAAGCGUCCUCUUUGUCAAGCACCUUCAAGCUAACGAUUUCGGUUACUACACAUGCGUCGCUCGAAAUGAACUUGGGCAUGAUCAUGUCAAAGUUAAACUUCGAAGAAGAGGACCACCCGAUCCACCUUACAAUAUUCGAAUAGUAAAUACCUCGUCAGACAGCGUUGUACUCAGCUGGACUCCUGGUUACAGCAGUGGUCUUCCCCAGCAAUUCCGAAUUCGCUAUCAAGAAACAGAUUCCACCAAUGCCAAGUACACCGAUGUAUUUCCUGCCAAUACCACUGUCUUCACAUUGAAUGGCCUGGAACCCGAAAAAGAAUACACAUUUAGUUUGUCCGCUAGAAAUAUGUUGGGAGAAAGCAUGUACAGUCAAGAAAAUGCCCGUGCUUUCACUCAAAAAUGGAAACCUGGAAACUUGUCACCCACUGGUGCCAGCCUUGAUGCUCUGAAUGACAAAAACUCAGAACUACCGAAAUUAUUGCUUGUAAUAGUAUCAGUAGUUGGAACACUGCUUCUGAUUUUAAACAUUAUCCUUGUCAGCUGCUUUAUUAAAAGAAGAAAAAGCAGAAAUAACCGUUCAAGAGGAAGUCCGAAAGCUCUCACGCAAGCUACAACACCAGAUUCUGUGAUGUAUACUCCAAGUAAAUACCAACAAACAAUAAAUGGGGAAGCUAUUUGUCAAGUCGAAGACAAAGACAGCUAUCAAGAAGAGAUACUUAUGAAAGAGCUUUAUGAAGCUAAAAGACAAGUUAGUGAUAAAUGCAUUCCAGGUUAUCAGUCUCCAAGUCCAUUUGACUUAACACAAUCAAGAAAAAAAGAUAACUGUCCAGAUAUCCUUAAAAAUAGAGGAAUGGAUCACGUGAGCUUACAAUCAGUUCCUCUAAGUACUACACUUUCAUCAAGUGACGUCAUUACCACUCUUUCAGACGAUUCAAGAUACUCUCGAAGAGUACUACUACCAGACGAGCCUUCAGUAUGCAGUACAAGGCAAACGGACAGUCCGCCUGGUAGCUGCAUACUAGGAACGGUGGGGAGCCACCUUGUGUGAUAACUGUGACUGUAAUCUAAACUUUUGUCUGUGUUUCAAACUUAAGUACCACUUGCGAAGAUGACGUAGAACGAUGGGAAGAUUUAAGCCCAACGAUUUUAGCUGAAAUAUUAAAUCAUUACAUUCAUAACGAGUACAUUUAAAAUUAAGUUUCUUCAUCUAGAGUAAAGAGAGUGGUUCUGUGAGCUUACGUUGAUUUACAGAUUUUUAUUUACGUUUGCCAUGUUGAUCUAUCAAAUACGAUAUUACCAACUAUUAUUUAAAAAUUAUAAUUUUUUUUAAUUAUAUGUAAAUGUUACGAUACGCAAAGGUCAAAGUAUUUAACUAAUUUUGAAUUAUCUGUGAAAGUAUUAAAUGAUUUUAGUACAUAUGGUUUGGAUAAUUUAGAAGUUAAAUUGUUGACUAUAAGACAUAUUGCAUAAGAAAUACCUUGCCGGAGUUAAGAAUCAUGAUAUUUAAAUACUUCGAUUAAAACACUUAAAUAUAUCUUUAAAAUUUUAUAUUGCUAAAUAAAAAAAUUGUAGCAUUGUAGCGUAAAAAUAUAUUUUAAUUUGAAUGCGAAAUAUACGGGAUUGCAUAGUUGCACAAUAGUUUUUAAUAGGUUUAUUUCGUUAGAAUUUUUGUUUUAUUUUUCUAAAAAAUAUGUAUUUUUAGUAAAUGAUUUUAGUUAAAUCAUGUUAUUAAAAUAAAUGAGAAAUAAAUUAAUAUAACAAAAACGGUGAAGAAAAACAGUUAAAUGAUUAUAUCAUAAACUUUAAAUCAGAUUAGCUUACAUCAAAUGGGAAUAAAAAGGAUUCCAUCAAAAAGGUAAACUCAACACGAUUAUAUCAAAUUGGUAAAAAAUGAAAUGAUUUGGUCAUUGGAAUGAAAAAAAAAACGAUUCUUUCAGAGAAGCAAGAUAGUAACGAUUUUAUCAAAUGAGUUAAAUUAAAUAAUUUAGAAGAAACGUAAAAAUAAAACGAUAAUUUCAAAUGGGUAAGAAACGAUUCCACCAGGAAGUAAAAACAAAACAAGUAUUUCAAAUGAAAAAACUAAAACGAUUACUUCAUUGGAU